GAAGGACUAAACAACUAAUAUUGUCAUUAUUAUUGCGUCCUUUCUAUCAAAACCCACGUACAUAAAUGCUCCACACUAUAAGCACCAACACAAAAUUCUAGCAGAAUUUCAGGUGCCUGCCCUCGCAAAAAUUUAAAAUUGAAAUUAAAUCUUCAUACGCCAGAAGAUAUAUCACAUUUCCUCCACCUCUAUCUCCAUUGGCAUAACUUCAGGCGGUAUCCGAUGAACUUUCUUUGAAUAUUGUUUGAAUUCAUAUAUGGUCAGGCUAAAAAAACUCUUCCAGCCGAUGUGAGCUCGGAAACAUGCCAUGCAUUGAGAAUUCAGCUGGACAUGCUGACAGUGAAUCUGCAGUAUGUAAUCUAGCCAAAAUCCCUAUGCAUGAUUUCAAACCAUUUGAAUGCAAUGACUAUGCUCAUCACACAACAGAAGAAAAACCAAACACAAACGACAAUAGUGGAAUUCUAUGUCAUUUCAAUGAUAGUAAAGAUGAUGCAGAUCUUUUUGUCUUUGAAGAAAAACCAGUUCUUGAUUCUUAUAAUGGCACCAAAGACAAUAAGAGUGAAGAUGGACUUUCAGCAGUAAAGGAUGAUCAGGAUCUGUUGUUACAUUUAAAUCUUUGCAAGGAAGAUGGAGAGAGCAAUGAUAAUGCUGUCAAAGAUAUUUGUAUGGAUGUGGGGAUACCUCUUGUGGAAAAAAAAUUGAUUGAAAACUUGAACACUGACACAAAUGGCAUUUUCGGAGAGGAUGCUCAAAAGGAAGCGCUUUUUGACGAGGCAAAAAACAUGCUGGAUAUGAAGAUUGAUGAUUUACAACCAGCUGUAUCUGAUUGUCCCAUAUCAUCAUCUCUGGAGGAUAAUGUCAAAGAAUCUAAGGGUACUUAUGUAGAAGAUGAUUUGGUGAAGCCCUUUGAAUCCAGAUGUUCUUCAUCUGAAGAAGUAUUGAAUGAUUGUCAGUCCUCUGAAGAAGUAAUAAUCCCUGGAAAGGAUGAGAGUUCUUGUGAUCAUGCUGCAGAACCUGAGUUGUUGCUAGAGAUGCAGACUAGUGAGGAUAAAUCCCCCGCUAAUCUAUUAAUGGGACCCGGCCAAGAUGGGUUUGCAGAUGGGGAAACUAGUUUCUCUUCAGUUGGUCCUAUAUCGGGUUUGAUUACACAUUCAGGAUUGGCCCCACACCCUGGGAGCAUAUCUAUUCGUUCAGAUAGCAGCACAACCAGCACAAGAUCCUUUGCUUUCCCAGUAUUGCAAUCAGAGUGGAAUAGCAGUCCAGUACGAAUGUCAAAAGCAGAAAGGAGAUAUGGAAAGCAUAAGGGUUGGAGGCAGGGUCUUCUUUGUUGUAGAUUCUAAAUUCUUAUUAUUUCAUUUUUUAGGGCUCUUAGCUUCAUUAUAAUAACAUAUACAACGUAUAAGCAUACAUCAUGAAGCUGUUAGUGCAUGAUAUUAGAUACAUGUUGAUAGUAGCAGAGAGCGGUGUGCAGUCUAGACUGUCUAGAGGUUUGUUUUUUCACUGCUUGCUUUGAGUUUGAGUUGUAAUCGGAAGCAAUACUAUGGGUUAAACUGUUAAAGUUUUUCUUUGUCCUUCAGCCACAACUUGUUUACUAUUGCAUUAAAUAUUUAAAUGUGCAAUUACUAUCAAAUCUUAAUACUCAC